AUGGCUCCAGGGGGAGGCCGGAUGGCCCACCAACCAUGGCUCCAGGGGGAGGCCGGAUGGCCCACCAACCCGGGCUCCAGGGGGAGAGGCGCUGCCAGAGUCGCCCGCCUGUCCGGGGCCCGCUGCGAGGGUCCCAGGUCCGGGGUCGGCACUGCCAGAGUCUUCCUCCAGACAAAUGGGUGUGGUACUCCCACCUUCGAACCCAACACCAACAGGAAUGUGAAUGGAGAGGAUGCCCGUGCCCAUAGCUGGCCAUGGCAGAUUUCAAUGCAGAUAAAGCAUGGCAGCCGUUGGCAUCACACCUGUGGGGGCACUGUGAUUGGCUCUUACUGGAUCCUGACUGCUGGACACUGCAUAUGGCCUGGAGAUGUGUACCAUGUGGUGAUGGGAGAACAUGACCAGAGUGUACAGGAGGGAACUGAACAGGUCAGAGACGUGCUGCACAUCCUGGUUCACGCUGACUGGGACAUUCACAUGGUCGCCGCUGGUUUUUAA